AUGGAAGGGGCAGAUCCAAUGCAAUUGCCAAGACCCGGCAAUACGGUACCAGAUCAGGGUAUUGGUACGGAACUGCUGGAGAAGAUCCGUGAGGUAAGGGAUACAAACGAGCAUGCGGGUAACUCGCAACUCCAGCCUCAAUAUGUCAGUGACAACCCUUUCGCACGAGGCGAGGGCUUCUCGUUGUCUUUCCUUAUGUAUAGUACUACAGACAGAAAGAGCUUGAAUAAGGAGAAAUGGGUAUUUGAAAUAGCAUGGAAGUUUAAGGUUUCAGGGUGA